CUUACAGAAAUUUUUGUUUUAGACUAAAAGCCUUGACAUAUAUACAGAUGGUAGUAAAGUUACUAAUGGCAACUACGUAGGUAGUGCCUGCUAUGUUCCUCAAUUAAAAAUAGAAAUUUGUAAAUCCAUAGAUAAUAAUGCGUCUAUAUAUACGGCAGAAUGCAUAGCAAUCGAAUUAGCAAUGAAUGUAGCACUUCAACAUUAUGAUCAAGAUAUUUUCAUAUUCUCCGAUUCUCUCAGUGUAUUGCAAACACUUAACAACAUAGAAGUUAGCACUACAACAAAUAGAUAUAUUUUUAAUAUUAGAAAAAAAUACGAAAUUUUCUUAAAGAAACAUCCCAAUUCUAAAAUUCAAUUUUUCUGGCUACCUUCACAUAGAGGAAUCGAAGGAAAUGAAAUGGCGGAUACACUUGCGAAAAAUGGGACUAAGAAAAAUUAUCCAAAUUUUUCUAAAAUCCCCUUUACUGAUUUCUAUGAAAAAAUACAAAAAUUAACGUAUGCAACGACUGAACGCCAACUAACUUCUCAAGGCCAGAUUAAAGGGAAAAAGUAUUUCAAUAUGUCUUAUAACAAAAGUCGUAAACUGUGGUUCCAUAACAAAAAGCUAAAAAGAGAAACAAUUGUCACAAUUAAUCGAAUAAGAGCCGAUCACUAUAAUCUGGCUGAAUCUCUGGCGAAAAUCAACGUAGUUAAUUCACCGCUGUGCAAUUGCAAUAAAGAAGUACAAAAUAUCAACCAUAUUUUAUGGCAAUGUAUUCUCUUCGACAAGCAACGUGAAAAACUUGUAAAAAGUCUUAAUAAAUUAAAAUUUCAACUACCUCUAUGUACCGAUAUGUUAGUCAGCAAACCGCAUAUUCGUUCCUGCGAACUCAUUUGUAAAUUCUUAAAAGAAUGUAAACUACAAAUUUAA